GUACGGCUGUUCUCGGUGGCGGUUGGAAAGUGUAUGAGGUCAUGUGGUGGAUUGUCAGAGUGAAGUACGGAAAAAAUUAGAAUACGUGGAAACAAUUUGCACACAUGUCUGAGAAAUCAUUGAAGUUCAUGUUAUACUCGAAAUUGAAAUGGUUGAGUAUUGUUACCUUAAUCAUUGAUCGACUGAAAAUGUUUACUGGGUAUGCGCAGUGAAUUCUAAUGACAAUUUCCUUUCUACCCUCGGAAAUAACUAUGUUUUCCAUUCUUCUACCGGGUAAGACUAUUUAUUCUUUAUUGGAAUUCAGUUAAGACCUAAGUAAUGAAGGAUGGCUCGCAACGUGGGGAAAGGAGGGCUUUGUGGCGUGGUUCUUAGGUCGUUUAGCAAGCGUCAGUCAACUAUGCCAGAACAUCCUCUCAAAUCAGGAAUGGCCGCUUUCCAGCACGUGCGAGAGAACAUAGAGGACCUGAACGGCAGGGUCGGUGCCAACGACACGGAUCUCAUAUUCCUCAAAGGCCUCAUGGACAGCCCUAUCAUGAGAUCCCUAGUUAAGGUUCAAGAUCGUCUGGAAGAUAGGCUAAGCUCAGCACAGCCAGUGGGAACAGGGAACAUUGACCUCUCACGUGAUGUUAUCAAGAAGUGUGAAGUAACAAGAAGCAAGGAUGCACAGGAGUUAGCUAAUAUACUGAAAAAUCCUCAUUUCAAGGCACUUUUGGAGUCACAUGACGUAGUGGCAGAGAAAAGCUACGAACCUAGUCCUCAACAAGAGCCUCAGCUUCCAGCAUUUGAACUACCUGUUAACGGGAUGACAGCUGAUGCCAUUAGAUUGGUUGGGCUUCGCAAAAGUCCUAAUGAGCCACUGGGGCUGACCGUGCAAGUCGAUGAGUCAGGUAACCUGGUGAUAGCUCGGAUCCUGGGUGGUGGGAUGAUUGAUCACCAGGGUUUGUUGCAUGUUGGUGACACAAUCCUGGAAGUAAAUGGUGUUCCUGUUUCUACACCUGAAGACCUCCAAAUCCAGAUCUCAAAGGCCAAGGAGUCUGUUGCAUUGAAGAUACGUCCAAGUUUUGAAGAUGAGCAUACUCAGCUGAAUGGUGGCCAGUGCUACAUGAGAGCCAUGUUCAAUUACAACCCAGCAGAUGACUCGUUGUUACCAUGCAAAGAGAUUGGUUUACACUUCAGCCAUGGUGACAUCCUUCAGAUUGUUAAUCAGAAGGAUCCAAACUGGUGGCAAGCAAAGAAGGUUGGUUCAAAUGGUCCAGCUGGCCUGAUUCCAUCCCAAGAACUGGAAGAGAGGCGUAAAGCAUUUGUGAAACCUGAGGCAGACUAUGUCCACAAGAUCAGCAUAUGUGGAGCAAGAAUAUCAAAAAAGAAGAGGAAAACCAUGUAUCAAUCAAAAUCGAAUAGUGAGUUUGACAAAGCAGAACUGCUGUUGUAUGAAGAAGUGACCCGCAUGCCUCCUUUCAAGAGAAGGACGCUGGCUCUCAUUGGAUCACAGGGUGUUGGACGUAGAACUUUAAAGAACAGACUGAUUAACAGUGAUCCUGACAAAUUUGGUGGGAUUGUACCCUAUACUUCUCGACCUCCACGGGUACUUGAAGAAAAUGGUCGUGGAUAUUGGUUCAUUGAUCGUGAAACAAUGGAGAUGGAGAUUCGGGAACAUAAAUUUCUAGAAUAUGGAGAGCAUAAUGGACACUUGUAUGGCUCAACCCUAGACUCAGUUCGUGAUGUCAUUCGUCAAGGAAAAAUGUGUGUCCUGGAUUGUAGCCCUGCUGCCUUGAAGAUACUUCACAACUCUUCUGAGUUCAUGCCAUAUGUAAUAUUCAUAGCUGCUCCUGGGAUGGAACAGUUGAAGCAUCUGUAUGGUAUUAGCCAUUCCAUUGGAUCAUCUAACAGGAAUCUCACUUUUGAUCGAGCCAGUUCUAUAAGAUACAGUUCACGACGGGCACGAACACUGGAAUCUCUUGCUUCAUUGUAUGAAGAGGAAGACCUUCGCCAGACUCUGGAAGAAAGUUCAUGCUUACAACGAACUUACGAAAAGUACAUUGAUCUUGUAGUGGUAAACGAGGAUUUUGACGUUACAUUCCGCAAAGUGGCUGAAGCUUUAGAAGCUCUUAGCACUGAGCAUCAGUGGGUUCCAGUCAACUGGGUCUACUAGUGAUCUUCUGGAUCAGAAUUAUAAAAAUUUAUGGAAUUUUGGUAUAUGGGACAAUUUAAAAGCCUAAAAUUUGCAGAGAGAGAUUAGUAUUUUUUUAUAAGUUCAUAUUUUCCAAGAUCAAAUAUAUGUAUACUGUGAUUGUUUCAUUUGUUUAUCUGUAAUAAUGUUACUAAAUUGACUUCAGUAAAUAUUGAAGUCAACCCUGUGGUGACCAAAACAAAGUUAAACGUGUUGGUAUGAGAAAGUUUGUAAAAUGUGAUGUAUUGAUAUGGAGGUAGAAAAUGUGAAAAAACACUUGAAUUCCAGCCAUUUGUGACAUGUAAUUGGAUUUCAGCCUUCGGCACACAACCUCGGUACAGAAUCUGAUGAAAUGUAAUAAGUGUUGCUUUUCCCAGUUGUAGGUAGCCCCUUUUGAGAAACAUGCAGAAGUGUGGUUAGAAAAUAGGCUACUAAGAAAGUUUAAACAUCUCUGUACAUUCUGCUGAAUGAAAAGUAUAAUUAAUAAUGUAAAAGUUUUGUUAUUGAUGAGUCAAGUGCAACAAACUACACAGGAAUCAUCAGGCCAUUUCAUACAGGUUGAAUUAAUGUUUACAAAAGAGACCUCUGUGCCCAAGAAAGUAUUUAAAAAAAAUAUUUUACAUAUAUUGCCAUUGCAGAACAUUUACAGAGCACUUCGUUCCUUCCUUUCUCGGCCUUAUUACUGCCUCUUCAUACAGUGAGGUUCUGGAUGGGGGGUUGUCAUUUGCAUAUGUACACAGUACUGCAUAAUAUUGUCUUGUGUUUAUGGCUUCUUGACUAAUAAUAACAGGUUUUGGAUUGGUUGAUCAAAUUUAUUAAUGCCUUCUAUUACAGUCUAUUGAAAUCUCCACAAUUACAAUGACUCUCAACAAGUCUUCAGCCGAACCCUUCUUCCAUGCUUGCUGAGGACUCACUUCAUUCUCCUCAUUCUAUGACUUAUGGGCCCAUAGAAAACACCUCUCCCUCUAUUAUUGUAUUUACAGCGUGUUGCAUAGCAAUGGAAAUAUUUGUUGUUGCGGAAUGUGUUUAGCAACCCCGUUUCCUAGCAAUGGGCAUAGCUUGGACCACAUAGAAAACACUUCUUGCCGUACCGUUUUGUUGUGUGCACGUAUUUCAAGCGUUGCCAGGAAUGGGUAUACUCGUACGUGUCACAAUAUGAUUGAAGAUUUCUGUCCGUGCUCAGAAAGUGUUUCCAAAAGAACUUGCCAUAUAUUACAGUAGCCGUUGACAGUGUGUCCAAUGUUGAGGCCCAUUUCCAGUGAUGUAACAAGUUCUGUGAUACAUGUUGUAAUCCAUUUUCUAUGAUUUCUGGAAUAACAUUCAGAUUUGAAUCUGCAAAACCUUUAAAAUGCGUAGUUAAUUUCGUAGACUUUCUUUGAUUCAAUUAUCUCCACAAAUAAAAAUUUUAUGCUCUCAUAUCUAGGGAACAUGAUGACUUUUAGUCCUGUAUUUAUUAUUCAUUCAUCAAAAGCGGUUCAUGGGACCUACAUUGAAUUUUGUGUGCCGUGUGCUAAUUUAUUCUCUCAAUCUUGGCAAGAAGCGUGAAUUGUUCAGGACUGCAUCUCACUGUGGUUAGACACAAACACAAAGAAUGCUCACAGCAGAUGACUGGUCACAAGAAGUGAUCAAUGGAUAUGAACUGUGAUUUUAUCACAGCAGUAGUCUUGCAACAGAAUAGGUUUAUUUUAAUGUAUGGCAUACUGCAAGGUGACUGUUGACUGGUUGAGUGACUGCUCAAACAAAGUGCCAUAACUAUAGGAUGAGCUGCUCUGUAGUGAACUGUAUGGAACAGAAAACCAGCUUCUGUGUAUCACCCAGGUAUUAUUAUGGCAGGUCUUACAAAGACAUCUAUCACUGACUCACUGACAAGAAAGGUGUAAAAUGAAUAAACAAAGAAAUUGUUAAAAUAAUCUAAACUGUUUUUAACCUAUCAGAAUGUUCUUGUAUCAGCUACUGUGAUUCUACACAACUGAUGAAUAUGAGUGACAGAGAGGUUAUUGGACAUUGUGGCAAGAGAUAAAUUUUUGAGUGUUUGCUUUUGGUCUUAUAUUCAUCUGAAAGGAACUGAGUCUCUGUAUUCAGAUAUAAUUUCUUUUAUGCUUCUUGACAGAAUGGGUCUUAAUAUUUAACUUGGUAUAUCUAUAAUGCGCACUCAUGGUUUAUUGUACUAAGAUUACCACAACAAGGAAGUGGCUUUAAAAUGUAUUAUUAUUUUGUUCUAAUACAAACUAUCAUUGGUUUUAAUGACUGACAGCUUAGGUAACGGGCAUUGUAAUAAAUGUCUUUCAUAUUUGAGGAUUCUGAAGGAGUCUGUAUACCAGACGCAAGAUGUUUGCACAUCGUGUAGUUUAAUCAUAUUCUAGUGAAAUUGCUGGUCUUAUUUUCACGUGAUUCUCUCUGUUCUGUAUUUUCAAUAUCCUACAGAAUGUAAAUAUACAUUUUAAUGCAUGAACUAACUCUUCAGGCUUAAAAGUGUAUGUUUAAGCAACAGAUUUUAAUAGAAGGUCUGAAUUUAUCAGCACUUAAAACAGUGGGUAAUUUCAGAACGUCUUCUCAAAAAGUAAGGGCCUGGAUAGCAUGGUUGGUAUAGCGACUGGCUACGGGCUGGACGACCGAGGAGUCAGAGUUUGAGUCCCAAUAGAGUUAAGAAUUUUCA